AGGCACUUCCUGUCCGGUCAUUGUUCUCGCACCGGUAGGCGCGGGGCGCCUGAUCUAGCCUAUGUUCUGGUGCAGAGCCCGCGAGGUCUGGCCCGGCCUUUCCGCGGUGCACGUAGACAGUAUCAUCCUGGCCCUGAGAAGAAACUCAAGAAGAAACUUAAAGAUUAGAUGGGGCUUGACCUCUGCUGGGCAGCCCCCAGCUAUAAGAGUUCCCCUUCUGAGCAGAGACGAUGACUGCAGAACUGAGAGAGGCCAUGGCCUUAGCCCCCUGGGGCUCAGUGACAGUGAAAAAGGAGGAGGAAGAGGAAGAAAACUUCCUAGGUCAGGCAUCUAGCCAACAAGUGCACUCGGAGAACAUCAAAGUCUGGGCUCCUGGGGAAAGUCCCCAGACAGGCCUUGUCAUAUCAGAACAGGAGGAAAAGGAUCCAAACAUGUUCUGGAACAUGGCUGUAGUCCUGAAAGCAACACAGGAGGCACCUCCUGCCUCAGCCCUUGGCACCUGCUCAUUAUCAGGGACUCUGGCCAAGAGUGAGAUACUGGAGACACAUGGGAACAUGACCUCUCUAGGUGCUGAAACCAAGAACCCACAGUUACUGGUUCCAAAAACUGAGAUAUGUGAUGAAGCAGAAAAACCCUGCAUAAUGCCAGGAAGAAUCCAGAAAGUUAAUCCUCCAGAACCUGAGUUAGGAGAAGCCUGCGAAAAAGGGAACCUGUUAAAGAAGCAGAGAAUCAAGAGGGAAAAGAAAGAUUUCAGACAAGUGACAGUGAAGGACUGUCAUGUACCUGAAAGCUUCAAAGUAGAGGAAAACCAGAAAUGUCAGGAAUCUGGGGAAAGGUAUAGCCUUAGUUCUAGCUCUGUUAAAAAUCAGAAAAGCCAGCCUGGACAGAAGCCUUUUACAUGUAGUGUGUGUGGAAAAGGCUUUAGUCAGAGUGCAAACCUCGUAGUGCAUCAGCGAAUCCACACAGGGGAGAAGCCCUUUGAAUGUCAUGAGUGUGGGAAGGCCUUCAUUCAGAGUGCAAACCUUGUUGUGCAUCAGCGAAUCCACACUGGACAGAAGCCGUAUGUCUGUUCAAAAUGUGGGAAAGCCUUCACUCAGAGUUCAAAUCUGACCGUACAUCAAAAAAUCCACUCCUUAGAAAAAACCUUUAAGUGUAGUGAAUGUGAGAAAGCCUUCAGUUAUAGCUCACAACUUGCUCGGCACCAGAAAGUCCACAUUACAGAAAAAUGCUAUGAAUGUAAUGAGUGUGGGAAAACAUUUACUCGGAGCUCAAACCUCAUUGUCCACCAGAGGAUCCACACUGGGGAGAAGCCCUUUGCCUGUAACGAUUGUGGCAAAGCCUUCACCCAGAGUGCAAACCUUAUUGUGCAUCAGCGAAGCCAUACUGGUGAGAAGCCAUAUGAGUGUAAAGAAUGUGGAAAAGCCUUUAGUUGUUUUUCGCACCUUAUUGUGCACCAGAGAAUUCACACUGCAGAGAAACCUUAUGAUUGCAGUGAGUGUGGAAAAGCCUUCAGUCAGCUCUCUUGCCUUAUUGUGCAUCAGAGGAUUCACAGUGGAGAUCUCCCUUAUGUGUGUAAUGAGUGUGGGAAGGCCUUCACGUGUAGCUCCUACCUGCUUAUUCAUCAGAGAAUUCAUAAUGGGGAGAAACCUUACACAUGCAAUGAGUGUGGCAAGGCCUUCCGGCAGAGGUCGAGUCUCACUGUGCACCAGAGAACCCACACUGGGGAGAAGCCCUACGAGUGUGCCAAGUGUGGUGCAGCUUUCAUUUCUAACUCGCACCUCAUGCGACACCACAGAACUCAUCUUGUUGAGUGACAAGUACUUGUUACUCCGGGCAUUGAUCAUAAUCCACUGCCCCCUAAUUGGACACGUCUUUGCUGUUUUUGUUUGUAAAAAUGAGGCCCGCCAUGUUACAAGUAACAGUUUUCAAGAAUGCAGCACAGAACACAAGACAAGCAUUUCAGAGGCUGACUUAAAGAAAGUGAAAGCAUCUAAAGGCAAGGACUGUGUUUUAAACUGUGCCCUCAGUAGUCCUGUUUGAAAUGAAAUGUGGCUUUCUUUAAAAUGGGUCAUGCAAAGCUAAGUGAUAAAGAUCCUGUUUGAGGAAAGGUAUUUUUAGCUUAAUUUUGUUUUUUGAGCCUGGUAAUUUCUUGAGCCACAGGCAGGUUGUUGGUAUAGGUCUGCCUGGUGCAAUUCUGGAGCUUUGAACCUUGUAUUCUAGUAUUUGGGUUAAGCAGUGAUUAAUUAAGGAAAUCACUUGGGGUAGCAAUUCACCAACAACUCACCUAUGAACAUUGAUUUGCUUUCCAUUCCUUAGGUAAUUUAAACAAAAAACACCCUAUUAACUGUCUCCUGGUCCUAAAAUGGAUAGAAGUAGGAAACAGCUGUUUCUCUUAUUAUCUGUGACUCGUGAACCUUGGUAUAGUAAAGCUCUGGGAACCUCUGAUGAGUCUUUUCUUCCCAGUGUGCAGGGCCAAACACUGGAGGGUUGAUGGAGACAACACGCUGGGGCCACAAAUGUGCUGGCAAAUGUGUUCAUUUGCUAAGAUCAACAACUCUAAGUGACCCUAACUCCCAUUGUACUCCCAUCGGAGUAAGAUGCCUGUGACACUCCCCAGAUAGAGGAGUCAAAGAAUAAAGCUUGCCGAGAGGCAUAGCCA